CACGCUUAUGAGGAAAGUCCAUACGACAAUCUUUUCUUCCGCAAAGUGAAAUUCAAAGGUCGGAUCAGAGCUUCUUGAUACCUAAAGGUCUUUCUCUCCGGAGCGAAGAAAAGAUACCUCUCUAUUUAUAUCAUUUAUGUCAUUUGCCCCGCCACCCGGCCCUCCCACUCCUUCUGUUCCCGAAGGAUGGAAGGCCCAAUUUGAUGACCGUUAUAAGCAAUGGUUUUUUGUAAACCUCCGAACUGGUCGGUCACAAUGGGAGCGUCCCCAGGGACCGCCCCAAGCAGAUGCAGGAAUACAUGGACCGCCGAGCGAGCCGCCACCAUCCUAUGACGCCUCGGGUCCCGCCGAACCCUCUACGCUGGCUGCUGCCAGUGACAAGAAAUUUCUCGGCUCGGCAAACCCGUACAAUUCAUCGGGAUCUGGAAACCAUACUCUAGAUGGCGACGCUCGACUCGCUGCUCAAUUACAGGCAGAGGAAGAUGCCCGUGCUCGCCAUAGAAGCCCAGCACCUGGUGGUGCGGCAAGUGGUGCUGCAAAUGAGUACUACACUGAGAGCUCGCGGAGGCAGGCUGCUGGAUAUCAUUCACCUGAUCCUCAGUCGCAGAGCUCUUCUCCCGGACCGACUCAGCAGCGUAGCCGAGGAUUCUUAAGCAAGCUAAAGGGGAAGGUCGCCGGUAGCAGCGGGGCGUCUUCUGCUCGGCCACCGCAACCCAUACCGCAGCAGUACCCCCAAGGCGGGCACUAUUAUGGGGGAGGCGGUGGUGGAUAUCCUCCGCAACAGGCGGCGUAUGGGUAUCCAUCAUACCCGGCGCAAGGUGACUAUUACCCAUACCAGCAACAGCCGCAACAGCGACGGCAUGGGAUGGGCACCGCGGGGGCCGCAGCUUUAGGUGUCGGCGGUGGACUUCUAGGUGGUAUGCUGCUCGCUGAUGCCGUGGAAGACAUGUCACACGAUUAUGACUCACCCCCCGGUGAUUAUGGGGAUGAUUAUGGUGGUGACUUUGGUGGUGGUGAUGACUUUGGUGAUUUUUAAGUUGUUUCCUGAAGUUUGCCAUUUCUCUGAAGUGGUUUGUUCUUGAAGAACAUGUUUAGACCCCCCCUAUUUUCGGGUUGCAUACGACCGUUAUGAACCACUUAUGUGUCCUGAUGAUCUAUACAUUUUGAUAAUUUCACUUGUGUUAUCUUCGAAAUCUCGCGUUCAAGAACCACUCUUGUUUGUCACAAUGCCGGCCCAUGUUUGAUGUUGGAAGAUUGCCCACGCCUUAAGUACAAAC